AUGAAAGGACAGAAAGGAGAGCAGAACAAACUCCUAACAGGAGGAGACUCACUCAUGGCCUAUGAGACAGAGGAUCAGGAGACUCAAUACUGCUUUCCUGCCAUAAACUCAUCAUGUGUCAAGGAGAGAAGCGCAAGUCAUGGAUAUAUCAUCAUAUAUGUGUUUGUGUCAUUGCUGUCAGCAUGGACUGUGUUUCUGAACCUGCUGGUGAUCAUCUCCAUCUCUCACUUCAAGAAGCUUCACACUCCAACCAACAUGAUUAUUCUCUCUCUGGCUGUAAAUGAUCUGUUUAUUGGACUCAUCAUACCUAUAGAGGCUAUCAGACAGAUUGAGACUUGCUGGUAUUUUGGAGACACUUUCUGUGGACUUUAUUUAUUAUUUGUGUCAUUACUUCUGGCAGCAUCGCUUGGUAAUUUAGUUAUAAUCGCUGUUGAUCGUUAUGUAGCUGUGUGUCACCCUCUACUGUACCCACAGAAAAUAACAAUCACUAACAUGUUAAAGAGUAUCUGUCUGAGCUGGGUUUGCUUUUCAGCUUACUGCAUUACCUUUAUAAUUAAUAAUGGAAGUUUUGACACUUCACACAGAACAGAUGUGUGUUAUGGACAGUGUUUAAUGAUAAUAAGUUUUAGUUGCUUAAUCAUUGAUCUGUUCAUGUCUUUUAUUUUUCCUUGUUUGCUGAUCAUCACUUUAUAUUUGAGGAUUUUCUAUGUGGUUCAUCAGCAAGUGAAGGUUAUAAACUCUCUGAUGAAGGCUGGUAAAUGUGUAACGGAGGGUUCAGUGAAGAGGAAAUCUGAGAGUAAAGCUGCUCUGACUUUAGGAAUCAUUGUGUCAGUUUUUCUGCUUUGCUGGAUUCCUUAUUACAUCUGUUCUCUCACUGUCAACUCUUACACAGCUAUAAAUGUUUUAAUAUUUGGGGUACAUGCUAGCUCCGGUCUGAAUCCUCUGGUUUAUGCUUUAUUUUACCCCUGGUUUAAAAAGACAGCUAAACUCAUUUUAACUCUAAAAAUAUUUCAGCCGGCAUCUUCUCUGAUCAAUAUUUUUUUACAAGAUUAAUUAUAAUUACUUCCAAAGCGGGCACUAAUAUAGAAAUAAUAUUUGAUUUCUAUUUGUAAUUCUCACUACUCAUGUUAUGUCACACACAGCUUAUUACAACCUGUAAGCUUGAUCUUCAAGUAAACUUAUGACGUAGGCCUACUUCUGUGAAAACAAGAUAAAGAAGUAUGACAGUGGUAUUCAUUAUCAACUGUAAAUAAGGUAUGGAGAUGGGGGGUUUUGUGGCUGAGAUUACUUUGUGUUUACUCCCACAUAAUUAUACUCAAAACAUUUAUGAAAACUGUGUUUGCAAGCAACAAAUACUGUUAUUAAACAUAAAACCACUUAUUGAAGUUUUCAGGGCAUGGAUUCAGUCAGUCAGUUAAACAGUGAUAUAUUUAUUUAUUUAUUUAUUAUCCUACAUUUUUUAUAGCCUACUAUCAUUGUAAAAACAGUACAAAUAAAAGCAAACUAUUAUCUAACUA